AUGCCGCCACCUACCCCAGAUGCACCGUCACCCAUGCAAACCCCCGCUGCCCUCCCAGGUUCUUACAACAAACGCCAUGCCCCCGAUCUCUCUACACCGCCAUCCGCGUUAGUAUCAGCCCCUCGUUACACUCUCCACCAAUUUCGCGACACUUCGCGCCAUAAUGUCCCCAGACCGCCUCCGUUACCACCUCCACCGGUCUCAACCCUCCUCCCGCCUUCCUCCACCGACCUGCCAGUCCCAGCAGAGUCCGUUCUUGAUCUUCUCUCCGUCUACUCUUUCCUUCGCUCUUUCAGUCAGCAGCUGUUCCUCAGCCCGUUCACUCUAGACCAGUUCUGUCACGCCCUCACCACCCCGCGCGCCAGCCCACUAAUAGACAGCGUCCACGUGGCGCUGCUGCGUGUGGUGGACUACGAUCCUUCGUCAGCAGCGAUGGGAGAAGGCGGCGGAGGGGGCGCGGGAGGCGCGGGGGGCGCGGGAGGAAUGGGAGGUGCGGGAGGGGUGGGACCAAAGAAGCAGGACGAUUGUGGGAGUCUGCAUCACAGGGAGCUGGACAAAGCAUCUCUGGAUGAAAUCACCUGGCCGGAGUUUCUCCUCCUCUUCCUCUCCUCCCGCUCGUCCUCCCGCCUCAACAGCCGCAGGCUCGGCCACUCCGCCCUCGCCUCCUGCGACUACUACCUCCUCCCCGCCUCCACUAAGAUCGACUUCCUCUCGCUCCUCUGCGACGAGGCUUUAAGUAGCGGCGUGAGGGUGCGACUAGAGAUAGAGCGCCGGCAGGGGGAGCUAGAAAGGAGGUAUGCGCUGGCAGGGGUUGGUAUGGAGGAGGAAGAGGAGAAUCUCGAGGAUGUGCUUGCUCCGGUGGAAAGGCAGGGGAGGAGGAGGAGGGGGCGGAGGGGAGGAGGAGGUGAGGAGGAUGACGAGGGGGAUUAUGGGCAGGUGGGGUAUCAGAGCCUUGGGAUCUCCGCACUCGCUGCUGCUGGGGUGCCGUCGGGUAUGGCAGGGUUAUCAGUGGUUGGGACAGGUACCGGUGGUGUUGCUGAGUCAGCAGGCGCGGGAGAUGAGCUGGCAGACGGGAACGCGGACGAGUGUAAGCUAUGCGGAAUGGACGGCAAUCUGAUCUGCUGCGACGGCUGCCCGGGCGCGUUUCACUCGCGCUGUGUGGGAGUGGUGGCGGCAGCACUGCCGGAUGGGGACUGGUUCUGCCCGGAGUGUGACAUGAAGCGGAGGGCGGGCGAGGUGCUGGGGGCGGUGGUGCCCGAGGGGAUGAGAGGGGAGCAUCUGGGGGAGGAUCAGCACGGCCGGGUUUACCAUGGCUCCUGCGGCCGUGUUGUUGUGUCGGAGGAGCGUCACAAUGGCACCCACGUGGUGGCAUAUUACAGCCCUGCAGACAUCCCCAGCCUGCUGCACUAUCUAUCCACCCUCGGCCCUGCCUUUACUGCUGUCCACGAGGCUGUCGCGGCGUUUGUUGGCUCAGAACUGCCGCAGCUCGAGUCACCUGAAGACAGUGUGGAGGCACCUGAAGGGGAUUCUGAGGCAGUUGAAGAUGAUGUGGCGGUACCUGACGAUGGUGUAGAAGCACCUGAGGGUGGGGUGGAGGCACCUGAGAUUGAACCUGAACAGCUGCACGGCGCAGCUGACGUGGAGAUGCGGGACGGGGAUACUAAUGAAGGGGAUACUAAUGAGGUAGAAGAGGUAGGAGAAGGAGCUGCUGUUGCUACAGGUGAAGAUGACGGGGAUGUAGCGGAGGUUAAGGCGGAGGAAGAAGCUACAGCCGAGAUAAUGGCGGAGGAAGGGGAUGCAGCCGAGAUGAAAGCGGGGGAAGGGGGUGCAGCCGAGAUGAAAGCGGGGGAAGGGGGUGCAGCCGAGAUGAAAGCGGGGAAAGGGGGUGCAGCCGAGAUGAAAGCGGGGGAAGGGGGUGCAGCCGAGAUGAAAGCGGGGGAAGGGGGUGCAGCCGAGAUGAAAGCGGGGGAAGAAGCUAUAGUCGAGAUAAAGGGGGCGGAAGGGGGUGCAGCCGAGAUAAAGGCAGAGGAAGGAGGGAUCGUUGAGAUAAAGGGGGGGGAAGGAGGGAUCGUUGAGAUGGUCACAGCAGAGGCGGCGGAGGAGGAUGGAGAGGAAGAGGGAAGACGGGAGGGGGAAAGACGGGAAGGUGUGAAGGUAGAAGAGGGAGCGAAUGGGGCUGGAGAGUGUUGUGUAGAUGGGAGUGCAGGUGGGGGCGCAGAGGGUGCAGAGGGAUGUGUGGAUGUGAGUGCAAGAGCGGGUGCAGAGGGCUGUGUGGAUAUGGGAACAGGUGGGGGCGCAGAGGGCUGUGCGGAUGGAGGUGAGACUGAGUGCGCAGAGAAGGGUUCAGACGACGGUGCAGACGGUGUUUCUAUUGGGAGCGCUUGGGAUCUGGCAGACGAGGCUGUAGGGGACGAGGCUGUAGGGGUUGUUUCAGAAAUGGUUGGGGCCGCAGAUUUGACUGAGACAGCAGAGGCGGCGGUUGGGGCGGAUACGGUAACUGCUGGUGAUGUAGGAACGGGUGUAGGAGGGAGUGGAAAGGCAGAAGGGGCAGAAGUGGCAGAGGCAGGAGAUGGUGGAAUGGCAGAAACAGGAGAAGCAGAAGCGGCAGAGAUAGGAGAAGCAGAGGCACAAGGAGAGGAGGAUCCCAUGCAGACGGACCUCUCUUUUAAGCCGGGAGGAGAGCGGAUUGCCCGGGUGGUGGCGAGGCUGUGGGAGAGGCUCGGCGUGGGUGCUGCUGGGGAGGUUGCAGAAGCUACUCCUGCUGCUGCCACUGGUGCUGGUCCUGCUGAUGGCGAGGUGCGGAAGAGCCUGUCUCAGGCAACAGCAUUGAACGGAGUGGCAUCACAAGAAGCCUUGCAGGCAGAGCAGGCGAAACAUCAAGCACAGCAGGCAGAGCAGGCGGAACAUCAAGCACAGCAGGCAGAGCAGGCGCAGUGGGUAACGAGGGUGGAUAAAGCAGAGAGGGCAGAGCGAGCAGAGCGGGCGAGAGAAGGAGAUCUUCUAGAGCCGUACACGAACCGCUACGCCCUGGGGGAGGUAUCCUCAGCGCUAGCCCUCGAGCUCUGCUCCGCAACCGAAGCAGCCGCACAGGAGGUGGAGAGGAGAGGCACAGGAGGCAGUAGAGACGAGGAGGACUCAGAGCACAGAACGAGGCGGUCUGGGCGGCGGUCUAAGGGGCUUAUGUCAGUAACAGAGCAGAUGAGAGUGUUUGCGAAGUGCAUGCCUGCUGGGUACUGGCCGAUGUAUGCCAGUUUCUCCGGCCGGGUUGGGGCUGCAGGGGCAGCAGGGGCAGCGGGAGCAGGGGGUAGAAGCUCUGCUGCGGCGGCAGCGGCAGCGGCAGCGGCAGCGGCAGGGGCGGGUGUUUUCAAGGAGCGGUGUGGUUGGUGUGCGCACUGCCAGGCGGCUCAUAGGAAAUACUGCCUGCUUGUCUCCGCUGCCCGUGCUGCCUCUGCGACUGCCACUGCUGCCGUGGCUGUCGGGAACGUCCGGGCUGCUAGUCAGCGCAGGCUCGGGGGAGGUCUGGCGGGAGGCUUGGGAAAGGGAAGAGAUUUGGAGGGGUUUGGUGUGGGGGGAGGGGUGGGGCUGGGAGGGGUGCGGGGCAUGAAGGGGGAGGAGGCGUCAAGAGAUGGGAGGCUGGAUGCUGUAGUGACACGGUUGAUGUACCUGGAAGGGCAGCUGCACCCUCUGCUGGAAGGCCCUUGGAACGAUUUCAACUGGCGCCAGCACUGGCGGCAGCGCGCAGUGCAAGCCACUACUCUACUCCAAGCGAAGCAGCUUAUAAAGGAGGUGGCUCGUUCCCUACGCACCGUCGCCCUCUCCUCCCAUUGGUCGGCGGAACCAGAGCCACCCGCUCCCCUCCCAACCAGCCUCCCGUUACAAGCACACCCAGUGCCUGUCACCCCUGCUGCUGCCCCGCGCCUCUCUGGCCGAAGGCGGAAGUCUCAAGGAGGGAGAGGAGGGGCAGGGAGUGUGUUUGGAGGAGGGGGGAGAGGCGGGGGAGGAGCAGGGGCAGAUAAGCACUCCCCUUUUCCCUUUUCCCCUCCUGUCUGCCCACUGCCCUUCCUCCCAUCGAUCUCCCUCCCUCGUCUCCCUCAUAGGGGCUUUCAAGGAGCCUCAAAGGGUUGCUGUCUUCAGAGUGCUGUUCGCCAACCGCCUCUUCCCCCACAUUUCCAAUUGUUCCCAUCCUCUCCCUCCUCUGAGACGCCUCAAACCUCCCCUUGGCUCCCACCUCCCGCCCUCCUCCCACCCACAGGCGGCUUCAAGAAGCUCCCAGGGCUGCUGUACGGAGUGCCAUUCGCCAGCCAGCGAGGGGUGCCAGUGCGAGCAGAGAAGGUGGCGUGGGAGGCGAGGGUGGAUGCUGCCCGCUCCGUCGCCCACCUGGCCCUGCAGCUGCGAUCUCUUGAAGGGCUUAUGCGGCUUCAAGAAGCUCCCAGGGCUGCUGUACGGAGUGCCAUUCGCCAGCCGCCGAGGGGUGCCAGUGCGGGCAGAGAAGGCGGCUUCAAGAAGCUCCCAGGGCUGCUGUACGGAGUGCCAUUCGCCAGCCGGCGAGGGGUGCCAGUGCGGGCAGAGAAGGUGGCGUGGGAGGCGAGGGUGGAUGCUGCCCGCUCCGUCGCCCACCUGGCCCUGCAGCUGCGAUCUCUUGAAGGCCUUAUCCGAUUAGACCAAAUCAACACCGCUGCCGGUCCCCCCGCUGUUGCCGUUCCUGCCGCUGCCGCCGCUGCUGUAGCUUCUGCUGCUGCCGCUGCACGUGCCGCUGCUGCUGGUGGUGCUGCUGCUGCUGUUUAUGGGGAUGGUGAUGACGUGGAGGAGAGCUGGGUCUCGUUGUGUGACGUGGCGUCGCGUGAUUCGUUCGUUCUGGAUAAGGACUUUCGGCCGCCGUUUGUGAAAGGGAGGAGGUGGAAGGCGGAGAGGGGGGUGGAGUAUCUGCUAGUUGUGAAGAGUGAGGAGGAAAGGGAGGAGGGAGAGGAUGAGGAGGAUGGGGAAGAGUGUGACUCGGAAGAGGAGAGAAAGAGGAAGAAGAAGAGGGCGAGGGAGAGGUUGAGGGCGUGGAGGAGGAAGCAGAGGGAGGUGAUUGAGGGAGUGGGGGCAGGGGCCGGUGUCAAGGAGAGGAAAGGGAAGGCUUUGGUUAAACAUGAAGUGGAAAAGAUCAAAGAGGAGACGGUUAGAGAGGAGGUGGUUAAAGAGGAGUUGGAGACGGUUGGAAAGGUAGAGGCGAAGACCAGGGGGAGUGAAAGGAAGGAGGAUGUGGAAGUGAAGGGAGUGGGAGUUAAGGAGGAAAGGAAGGAAGAGGUGAGGGAAGUAGCGGUUCAGGAGGGUUUGGGGGCAGAGAGGGAGGCAAAGCGAGUGAGAAGAGGGGAGGGGGGGGAAUGGGAGGCAGGGGGAGGAGGGGCAGUGGGAGGGGAGGGAGGUGCAGGCGGAGAAGACGAGGAGAAGGAUCGCUGUAACGCCGCUGGUGAGAGCGCUGGUGGAGAGGCGAACGCUGACGAAGAGUUGAACGUUGAUGACAAGGUGAACCCUUGGAAACGAAGGAGGAAGGCAGGUGGGAAGGAGGGGAAUGUGACUGCAGAAGUGGGGGACGCUGGGGAGGGGGCACCUGGGAAUAGAGAGGCGAAUGAAGGAUGCACAGGAGAUGAAGAUGGAUGGGGAGGGGAUGGAGAGAGGAGUGAGGGAGGGAAGGAGGAGAGUGAGGAGGAGGAGGAGGAAUACGAAGAGAGGGACGAGGAUCUGUUUGAUGCGGUGGAAGGGGAGAGGGGAGGGAAGGACGGAGGGAAGGACGGAGGGAAGGAGGGAGUUAAGGAGGUAGGGGUGCAAGGGGAGGGUAAGGCAGGGAAGAAGCGUAAGCGGGAGCUGAAGCCUGAAAUCAUUCCUGAGGGCAGCCGGAGAGUGACGAGAAGCCGAGUGAAGGAGGAGGAGGGCGGGGCGAAGAAGGGCGUGGGAGAGAAGGGGAGAGCUGAUGCGAAGGCUGCGGUUGAGGAUGUGGUGAAGGGAAGAAAAGGUGGGGUGAAGGGGGGUGUAAAGGCAGGGAAGAAAGGGAAGGAAGAGGAGGAAGAGGAGGAGGAGGAGGAAGAAGGUGUGGUGAUGGUGAAGGAAGAUGAGGAGGUGGAGGAGAUGGAAGCGGUGGAGGAGGUUGGUGAGGAGAAAGGUGAGAAAGGGGGAAGGGGAAGAGUGGAAGGGGGCAGAGGGAGGAGUGUAGAUGUUGCUGAUAAGAACAAGUUGCGGCUUGUGGAGAAACAGGAGAAGGAGACAGGGGAGGAAGGGCAUGGACAAGUAGUAGGGAAGGUAGAGAGGAAGAUUGAGAAAAUGAGAGAAGUGCAGGAGGUAGAGGAAGCAGAAGAGAGUGACGAGGAAGGGCAAGAUGAUGACGAGGAGGAGGAAGAAGACGAAGAUGGGGGAGUGUGGGUGCCAGAGAGGCUAGUCCCAUUGGAGCUGAUCCGAGAGUUUGAGCACCGGAGGAGAACAGAGAUCUGGGAGGAGCAUGCUAAGGUAGUCAGAGCAGAGAGAGAGGCAGCCGAGGCGGCCGCCAGGGCUGUUAUUGUUAAGUACAUGAGGGAGAAGGUGCGGGCGAUGAGGGAGAGACGAGAGCUGAUGGUGCAGGCAAUGGUGGCUCAGUGUAGAGAGAUGGAGGGGAGGAAGCGGCGGGGGAAGGAGAAGCAGGGGCAGGGGCAGGAGCGGGAGGAGAAGCGGAAGCGGGAGAGCGAGAGGGGGCGGGAGCGGGAGCGGGAGAGGGAGGCGAGGGAGCAUGAGAAGGAGGAUCGGCGGGAGCGGAAGGAGAGGGUGAAGGAGGAGAGGGAGAGGGAGCGGCAGCGGCGGUUGGAGGAGAGGGAGAGGGCGAGGAGGGAGAGGGAGCAGGCAUCAAUGACGAGAAUGUCACAGGUGGUGGGGGCGGAGGUGCAGGCGAGAAUCGUGGCGGAGGCACGGGGGAGAAUGCAGAGGGAGAUGGAGGAGAGGUGUUCUGCUCUGUAUGCCCGACUGGUGGCUGUGCAGAGUCAAGCAGGAGGUGCAGGAGCAGGAGGAGGAGGAGGAGGAGGAGGAGGAGGAGGAGGAGGAGGAGGAGGAGGAGCAGAGGCGGUGGUGGAUCCGUGCAGGGUCUUCAUAUGCGUUUCCUGUAAAGCCUUGACCCAUGCCACAUGCCUCUCGCCCCCCGACCUCCUCCCUCCGGCCUUCCAAUCCGCCCCUCCCACUGAGCCAUUCCCAUCCCCAUCCCCAUCCCCAACACCGUCCCUUCUAUCCCUCCACCUCGUCUGCCUCAACUGUGCCUUCUCCGUCUCCCAACAAGACGCUGCCUCUGCCACUGCUGCUUUGGCUGCUCUACCUCAUUUGUCUCACUCUGACUCACGCAACAUGCCUCUCGCCCCCCGACCUCCUCCCUCCGGCCUUCCAAUCCGCCCUUUCCACGGAGCCAUCCCCAUCCCCAUCUCCCCCUUCCCUCCACCUCGUCUGUCUCAACUGUUGUGCAAGCAGGGGUAUGAUGAGAGCCGCCUCUAUGUUGCCUGCAACUUCUGUGAUUCCUGGUUUCAUGGUGAUACAUUACAGCUCGACGAAAAGCUCGACAUCCCCAUCCUGCUCUACCUCAAGUGCAACCGCUGCCGUAAGAUCGCCAACAAGCUGCAUCCCUGCCGUCCAAACCACGUGGACCCCUUGGAUUGGCCGCCACAUGGCGCUGCCGCCCCUGCUCUUGACGAAACACCAGCAGAAGUGGCAGCAGGAGGAGGAGCAGGGGGAAGGGGAGGAGCAGGAGGGGCAGGUAAGGGAGGGAAGGCGGGAGGAGGUGGAAGAGGAGGGGGGAGGAGAAAAAGCAGCAGGGGAGCUGGGACAGUGGAGCAGUCUCCUGGCUAUCCUGUUGGUGUUGCUGGUGGUGAGGCAAUGAUGGGUCAGGCCACCGGAACAACAGUGACUGCAGGGAACGCGGUAGCACCAGGUGUGAUUAUAACGGCAGAGAACAUCGACCCUGAUUCGUUCUUCGACUCGCAGCUGACAGCAACAGCUGGUUUUUCUGCUGCGGCUGCUGGUGCUGGUGGUGCUGCCAGUGGCGCUCAGCUGUUGCAAGAACAGCAAUGGCAGUUGCAACAGCAGUAUCAGCAGCAAUAUCAGCAGCAGCAGCAGCAGCAGCAGCAGCAGCAGCAGCAGCAGCAGCAGCAGCAGCAGCAGCAGCAGCAGCAGCAGCAGCAGCAGCAGCAGCAGCAGCAGCAGCAGCAGCAGCAGCAGCAGCAGCAGCAGCAGCAGCAGCAGCAGCAGCAGCAGCAGCAGCAGCAGCAGCAGCAGCAGCAGCAGCAGCAGCAGCAGCAGCAGCAGCAGCAGCAGCAGCAGCAGCAGCAGCAGCAGCAGCAUUUUGGACAGCAAAUGGGAACACAGCAUGCAAUGUUUCCCCAUCAGGUGGAGUCUGGUCCAGGUGGAUUUUCAGGGGGAUUUCCAGGUGGGCUGUCAGGUGGGUUGUCAGGUGCAUUCCCUGGUGGUUUUCCAGGCGGCAAUCUUCCUGCAGCAACAAAAGCAGGUGGUGGCAGCAGAGGAGGAAGUGGGAAAGAAGGGAGACGAGGGGCAGGAUUAACAGAGGCAGCAGCAGCAGCAGCAGCCGCUGCAGCUGCUGCAACCGGAGGAGUGGGGGCAGGAGGGAGAGGAGGGGCAGGAGCAGGAGGAGUGGGAGGAGCGGGAGGAGGGGCAGAGGGGUCAGGCAGAAGGUUGCGACCACGCAGGCCGCGAUCAGCAUCUACUGCGGAUAAAGGGGAGGUUAUUAACGAGGCUGCACAGCAGAACAGUGCAAGCAGCGCCUUUCGAGUUGAAGCCCCGAUUGAAGCGCCGAUCGAAGCCCCGAUGGAAGCCCCGAUUGAAGCCCCCCCGAUGACUCCGGGGCAGCUGGUAGCCAUGAUGGAGUCUCUGCUGCUGGCGCGGGGGUUUGACCCUGCGAGAGCAGCGGCCGUGGCAGCUGGCGUGAGGGAUGGGGACCCAAACGCUGUCGAGGUCGUGAACGCUGCUUUCAGUGCCAGCCACGAGUGUGGGUCUGCUGAGCAGGUGGGGGCAGAGCAGGUGGGGUUGCAGGAGGGUAUUGGUGCAGGGCAGGCCAGUUUGCAGGAGGGUGUUGGUGCAGGGCAGGCAGGUUUGCAGCAGGGGGUUUCUGCCUCAGUGGAUGGUGCUGGUGGUGUGGGGCUGGCGGAUCGCAAGUUCGGGCCGUCGCUUGACAUGAUCCGCGAUUUAGAGCUCUCCCGCGCGGACCGCGAGAUGCUGCACGUGCUGCGCCGCUUCCGCUGGCAGCGCGAGGAGCUGGCGCUGCAGGUGCCGCGGCGGGAGAGGAAGGUGGCGUUCAUGUUCCUCACAAAAGGGGCUGUACCGCUGGCUCCGCUCUGGGAGAGAUUCUUCAAGGGCCACGAGGGGCGGUAUUCCAUCUACGUGCAUGCCUCCCCAGACUACACCUUCCCCAAGAACGCCUCUACCCUCUUCAGCAACAACACCAUCCGCAGCGAGCAGGUGGGAUGGGGGCUACCCACCAUGGUGGACGCGGAGAGGCGCCUUAUGGCUGCUGCUCUUGCGGAUCCAGCCAACCACCGCUUCGUGCUGCUCUCCGAAUCGUGCAUUCCCGUGAAGAGCUUCAACUACAUCUGGGACUACCUGAUGGGCACUCGCUACAGCUUCGUCUCCAGCUUCUUCAUUGAUCGCCCGGUGUGCUCUGGCCGGUACGACAAGCACAUGCAGCCCAAGAUCACACUCAGCCAGUGGCGGAAGGGGUCGCAGUGGUUUGCGGCCACGAGGCGGCAUGUGAACAUCAUCAUCGAUGACGACAGCAUUCAUGCACUCUUCCAAAAGUACUGCCGGAUAAAGGAACCCAGUCGAGUGGCCAACCGCACCAUCACCUAUGCGGACUUCCCUCAACACCAUUCUCCUUCGUCUAUAAAGGAACCCAGUCGAGUGGCCAACCGCACCAUCACCUAUGCGGACUUCCCUCAACACCAUUCUCCUUCGUCU